CGGCGGCGGGCUCUGCGGACGGCCACGUGGACGCGCGGUCGUGUUUUCUGGUUCCUAUCAUGUUGCAUGGCCCAAGAAUGAAUUAGUGUUGUAGAAUGAUGGAAACGGGGAACUGUGAAGGGAAAAAUAAGUCUCAUCAUUAAAGUACUUGAAUGUCACCUUGAGGAACUGGAUACUAUACCUCCAGAGUGCCUGUACAAUGUCAGAGAAGAUAUGUAUGCCAAAUUCUUCAAAAGUGAUUUGAUAGCAGAAUAUAUGUAAAUUUCAAACUCAGGAUGCCUCAGAAGAGGAGCUCUAGUAGGCGGUCAUUCUCAUUGCUGCUGCUGAUUAUUGUUGUGGCGUUUGUACAUUUAACUGUUUGUCCAUUUACAAAAGUGGAAGAAAGCUUUAACCUGCAAGCCAUCCAUGAUGUUGUGUACCAUCGCCUAGACUUGGAUAAGUAUGACCAUCAUGAAUUUCCUGGAGUUGUCCCAAGAACGUUCCUUGGACCAGUUUUUAUUGCUGCUCUUUCCAGCCCAGCUAUAUAUGUACUUUCGGUAUUACAAAUGUCCAAGUUCUACUCCCAGCUGAUAGUCCGGGGAACUUUGGGGCUCAGUGUGAUUUACACAUUAUGGAAGUUACAAAAAGAAGUUAGAAAGCAGUUUGGAGCAACUACAUCAACAGUCUUCUGUUUCAUAACGGUUACUCAGUUUCAUUUGAUGUUUUAUUGUACACGAACCCUUCCCAAUGUGUUUGCUCUUCCUUUUGUGCUCCUGGCAUUGACGUUUUGGAUACAGCAAAAGCAGAAGCCUUUCAUUUGGUUCUCAGCUUUGGCAAUUAUAGUCUUCAGAUCAGAGCUCUGUAUAUUCCUAGGCCUCAUGCUUCUGGUGACAUUAUUGACUAGAAGAAUCUCCAUUUUAAAGGUGCUUUCCCAUGCUGUUCCUGCUGGAUUUUUUUGGCUGGGACUAACCAUUGCUGUGGACUCUUUAUUUUGGAGGCAACUUCUGUGGCCUGAAGGGAAAGUGCUCUGGUAUAACACAGUUUUAAACAAAAGUUCCAACUGGGGAACCUCUCCUUUCUUGUGGUAUUUCUAUUCAGCUCUGCCUCGUGCAUUGGGAUGCAGCAUUAUAUUUGUACCCUUAGGUGCAGCAGAAAAGAGAACUCGGAUAUUACUUUUGCCAGCACUUGGCUUUAUAUUCUUGUAUUCAUUUCUUCCACACAAAGAGCUGCGUUUCAUCAUAUAUACUUUCCCUGUCUUCAACAUAGUGGCUGCUAAAACUUGCUCACGAAUUCUAAAUAACUACCGGAAGUCCUGGCUAUACAAACUUGGAUCUCUCUUUGUUAUAAUGCAUCUUCUACUUAAUGCAGCUUAUUCAGGAACAUCUCUAUACGUUUCACAUUUCAAUUACCCUGGAGGAGUAGCAAUUCAGAAGUUGCAUGAGUUAGUACCCUCAACAGCAGAGGUCUCUGUUCAUAUUGAUGUGGCUGCAGCACAGACAGGAGUUUCUCGAUUUCUAGAAAUCAAUUCAGAUUGGAGGUAUGACAAGAGAGAAGAUGUAAAACCAGGAGACCAGAUGAUGUUUUCUUACACACACAUAUUGAUGGAAACAAAUCCUCUUCAAAUAUCACAUUACAAGACAACCCACAGGCCACUGGCAAAUAUACCUGGCAUCAGUAAAAUUGGAUUGAACCUUAGUGCACUACCUCCUUUUACUUUAAACUUAAAACCAAAAUUAGUACUAUUAGAAAAAAUUCCCCUGUUGUCCUAACUGUGAAUUUUAAGUAAAUCUUUUUGAUGUAAUUUUGCUAAUGAGUGAAUAAGACAACUACAAAUUACCAUUCUAGCACUGUAAUUCAGCUUCUGUGAAAAAGUAUGGAAAAUAAUCUUCGUAUUUAUUGGUAUUUAGCUGUGUUCUGUUUCUUACAUAUAUAUAUAUUGCAACACAUUCCUAGGCAGUAUGUACUCAAAUACUGAGCUACAUUGUUAGGUAAGUUCGGGAGAGGGUACCUAAAAAUCUAGCACUAUUGAGUAAAGUCCAUAUACUUCGUUUGAGUAACUGUUUCAUAACACAGCACAAGUAUGUCCUAAUUGUCCUAUAUAAGACAUAUAAUGGAACCGGUUUGUGCUACUGCAGUGAUAUGAUAUGUAAUCUGUAUGUGCAAAGAUGUAUCACUUGAUACAUCUGCUGGAUUGUGACCCCCUCAGUUGUCAGGUUGCCUGUGUGAAACUAAUUAUGUUAGCAACACAGCAAAGCCAUAUUCACUGUAGCUUCAUCACAGUACCUAAUUGUGCCCUGUAGGCUACUAAAGUGAAAGAUCCACUUGAAAAGCAGUUGUACUUGGCAAGUGCCAUUCCGUAACAGAUUCGAGCAUUAAAGGAUAGCUGUCUUUAUUGCAAGAAUGCAUGAAUAAGCAGUGCAACUUGGAUUUCACAGGAAAAAGUUAAUUUUUAAAAUAAUAUCUUUGCAGCAGAAAAGGGGAAACACUAUGUUAAUUUGCAGUGCAAAAAUCAUAUAUUAAAAAAAUUCACUUGAAUGCACUUGAACCUAGGUGCUGUUUUCUUUCUGUAUGAACUAAGUAUUCCCUUUAGAAAGUAAUACUCUAAUGUGGUAUGUAUGUAAUGAACAAAUGUGUUGCACUCUCAGUAAGAUAACAUGUUCUGUAAUCUCUUCUUAAUUAAAAGUUUUUGUUGAGGAUGUCCACCUAGCUUGCUGAGUGCAAGAAGUUAAGGUAUAUACCAAGAAAACAAGUUAGAAUUUCAGUUAUGAGCAGCUGUAAUUUGACAGGAGCUCUAAUAGUAAAAAUUCAGUGUUUCUGAAAUAAGCAUGGCAGAAAACUAUUCCUUACUGAUUGAAACUUCCAAGAGUUUAAGGGGGAAAAAAAAUAACUGAAUAAAAGUUGUUUCCCCCCCCCCCAAUCCUUAAAGCAUGUUUUGUUCAGGGACCUACCUUUACCUGCAUACAUGUUUCAGUUUUUAGAUUGUUUUCUUUUUUAGCCUCUGGAUUAUGUAUCAAAGGAACUGAUCUGGUGGGGUGGAGCCUGCUCCACUGUGGAUGGUUGUUGUGCAGGCUUCCUCACACUGAGAUCUGGCAAAGGUAACCUGCAGAACUUGUUACUCCAGUCCUUACCUUCUCUUGAAAUUACUGAAGUAUUAUCUAUUUGACUUCUCCUUGGAAGAAAACUGAACUUCCUCCAGAGCCAGUCUGAACAUUAAAUAGUUUGCAUGAUACAGAAGAAAGCACAUGUACAAGUAUCUGAAAAUUUGGACGAAUGCAAAAGAAAACUUCAGCUAAGGAUGGAGGCUAAGCAUAAUAGUUAACUUUUCAAUACCUCCCCACAAUGUAAUCCAUAAAUGAAGUACCUAAACUCAAACUGAUUCUGCCCCUAGAGCAGACAGAUCUGAACUAACUUACACAUUUAGUUAUUCUGGCUUUUCAGAUCUGUGCUGGCCUGAAUCCCUUCUGUAGAAACCUUUUUUUUUUUUUUCCUACUAACUAGAGAAAACCUAGGCUUAUUAUACUUGUAACAUUUGCACCUCAAGCUGAUGCCUAAAGUUGCACAGAAUAUUCAGACAUUUGGCUCUCUGUAAUGCAUACAAAGAGUUUAAACUCAGUGAGUAUUAGGCACACUUAUCUGAUAGGAUCUUUCCACAGACUUUUAGGCGUCUGUUGGUCUUACCCUAGUGCUACAGCAGCAUGUAGUACUCCGCACAAGCAGCACUACCAGUGCAAUAGUUGUUGUCUAGUGUACUUAUUUGGGGUAGAGAAAAGGAGGAUGAGUACAAGGAGACAUGUGUAUCGCAGUUUUGUGCAGUAUCUAAAGUUUAUUUAGGUCUUCUUGCUGUGCGCAGUUAUAGGUGUGAAAGCUGCUUGGGCUUGUAGUCAAAGGACUAGAUGAUGACCAAUGCAGCCAUUUCAGUAGUCAGCACUGUAGCACUAGUGGCUGUGUGACUUUUGUGCUUGUGUUUAACUCCCUGCCAGGAGUGUCCUAGUAGUCCGCACCCUAAGUAGGAAAAGCCAUUUGUCAAACUAGGACAAGGAUUGCUGUAAUUUUUCCUCAAAGGCUACCUUCAAUAAAUAAGCAGUACUUGGAACUGAAACCAAAAGCCAGCUCUUUCUUUUUCAGUGAACAUUUUAAUCUAUGUCCUGGUCUUCUUUCUUUAACUCAGUGAAGGUUUGUGGGCAGAGUUUCCACAGGAAACAUACAGCUUAUUUUCUUCUUUACUAUAGAUUCUUGCACUGAAGAAAGAAAAUAUGGGUUUAAGUCCCCUUAGAUAUAAUAGGAUACUAAGCAAGUCUCACACAGAGUUUGUAAUAACCCUGCUUUGUAAAUUCUUCUGGCUUUAGGGGGAGAGGGCAGAAAGGAAGGCUGGAGGAAGUCCAAAGUUACAACAUGAAUUUUGUAGGCAGGAGACACUCUUGAGAACUUGCUUGAAAUUUUUCAGGGGACUUCUAAAAACCUGAGUUUCAUGAGAGUAUUUUAAAGAAAAAUUCCUUUUGUGUCAACUGAAUAUAAACAUCUGGCUUAACUAUAGCUUUUCUUACUAAGAGCAGAAGUAGCUGUUACUCACAUAAUUGAGGGCUGAAUUAAAGCAAAAAAUACAUAGUACAGUCCACCUACAAAUUGUUACAUGUAUCAGAGUAAAACAACACAGUACGAAGAAAAUGCAUUUAACAUAUAUAAUACUGCUGUAGAAUGAGAUUUAUUUUAGGAUGUCUUUUAAACUUCCCACCAGUCAUCAAAUGUUGAGUAGCAUCAUGUGUUGCCUUUUGAAGUUUGACUUAAUUUCUUACAAGCAAGGUUUGUACCUGUAAAUAACAAGCUAGCACAUGAGUAGGACACAAAUUUCAGGAAUGGCCCAGAGAAGGUGAAUAGUCAGUUUUGUAGCAUAAGAUUUAUGACACAGUACAAAUUACAAGAAUAUGUAAAACUAAAUAAAAAUUGUAUAUUGUAUGAAAAAUUUACAGAACUCAUUCAUAGAGGAUAUUUUGGAUGAUAAAAGGUUCAAAACAGGAUCAAGUAAAUCAGUAUCCCAUCAAGAAGAUCAAGGAACAACUUGCCGUUCUCAAAGUCUCUAUGAAAUAGAGCUUAUGAAAUAGGACAGAGCUAGGAGAAAAAAUACCAGACUAUUUACCUUACAACUAUCCUUAAGUACUUGCUAUGGGCCUCUCUCAAGAGAGAAUUCUGGAGUGGAUAACUGGAGAAUAGCUGUACUAGGCCAUAUGCAUAUAGUAUUUACCUGUUAACACUGAGGAAAAGGCAAAACAUUUUCCAGGUUCUUUCCCAUACCACCUAUUUCUUUCAAAGUAGCAGAACACAACUUCAGUGCAAUGUAACUGCAUAAUGCAAUUUGAAGCAGGUUGAUCCCUUUUUUUACUAUCUGGUCAUUUCACGGAUCCCAUUGGUACUACAGAUCACACAUUUAGAUGAAUAAGACUGAGAUCUAUGAUUCUAUUGUGCUGCCCUAGUGUAGACUGAAAACUGUUUAAGGCUUCUUUCCAUAAUUCUAAAGAGGUUAAAAGAUUAUAGGAAUUUUAAGCACUUGUCAACAUCAAAGCAAAUGUGUGUGUGGUGGUGGAGGGAGUACUUUUUAAUACAAUAGUUUUCUGGAAAGCACCUGUUCAUUUACAGGUUUCAAGUAAGAAGGAAGUUACUCAAAACCUUUUUCUUUCCUUCUUCCCUGGGAUUUGUAAUAUGUAAUAAAAGUUACACACAAGUCUACUGCCACCUUCUGCACUUUUUUUCCUGUAUUUGUUCUUAAAUUCUCUCCUUUCCUCUCUCAAAGUACAUAGUCUUUGUUUUAAUAGUGACUUCACUUUCGGUUUGCAAAAGAACAAACCUCAAGCCAAGUUUAUCAUCAAUGUCAGCAAGACUGUUUAGCCACAGCUGUCUAAAUUGGCUGGUUACGUAAUUAGUCUCAACUAUGUCUUAAUGAAAUUUAUCAUUACCUGGUUAACAUUGGACACAGAAGAUUAAAAACAGUGUUUGCAAAAAUUCCUGAAGCUAAG